UGCCGAGCACACUUCGGUUGGCGUCGCAGCGCGUCGGCAUUUGAAUUAAACGACGCGCCGAAAAGAAAAGUUGUUGCAUUUGUUCGUAUCUAGUUACCAAUGUUUUCGUUUUGUGGAAGUGUCAAAAUUUGUAGUGGACCAGUGCACUAGACUCUGUCAGUAAUUCUUCAAUGCUCGUUCGGAGCAGGUGUGUCGACAGCCUUCAGCUUGGAAAAUAACAAAUAUACAUAUAUUUUUGUGAGAGUUUGUACAUAAUAUAUUUUUUUUUUGGUCGCGUUUUCGGUCGAAUCCCGUUGUUUCGUUUCUAUUGUAUUGUGUCUACUGGGAAAAGUCCCGUUGCUGGAUGCCCGCAAUGAUAUUGUGAUUUUUUUACACACUUACACAUACGCGCACACGCACACACAUACGCAUACGCACGCGCACACACACACAUUCGCAAUGGACAUGCGCAGCUGGCGCAAGGUCCUACUCCAGUGGAUUGGCGAGUGCCAGUUCAUCGAGCCAAACUACAUUAGUUUGGAGCAGUCGGACAUCGAGUCCUUCUACUCGAUCUUCAUUCAAAAGAUCCAGGAGACGGAAACGGUGACGGAGGAGGGGAAGACGGCGCUGCAGGCUCAGCCCAAGGAAUACCGCCCCAUGUUGCAGGAAUUCCUCUCACAAAACUAUACCGAGUUCAAUACUCACCUAGAUGACAGCGGAGACCUGCUGUCUUCGGAUUACCUGUACGUGUACACGCUGUUGUUGCAGUACUCGUGCGUGAAGAAGCCUAGCGUGUUCUUUCACAGCAUCUGCAACAAGCUGCCGGAGCUGACGCAGACUUGCAUCGCAUCCUUCCUUGGAGAGACCGUAGACCGGCUGUUGACUCGCCAAUAUCUACGCCAGUCGAUCGCCAAUGUGGCAGCUAUUUACCGACAGGGGGCUUCCGCCUCAGUCAGCCCAUGUAAUCCCAGCACCAUGCGAAGUCCCGAUCCGAGGGGCGAUGAUGCGCCAUGCUCAUCCUCAUCGUCAUCGUCACAGCCGUCGAGCAGCACGCCACAGUUGCACAAACAUCGCGAACACCUUCGCCUACAGAUUUCUGCCUCCGAAAUGCCACCUCCGCCGACCCCGAAAACGGAGCUACUCGAGCAACGAACCAAGGAGCUGCGCGCUCUUCGUUCCCAACUGGAGAUGGUGCGGUACGAGAAGACCGUGCUGGAAGAGCAGCAAUUGGAGAAAGACGAUCUCAUCAAAGAUCUUAACAGAGAGAAAAUGAUAGCCAAGAUUGAGCUGGAAAAACUGAAGAACGCAAAACUGGCCGAAGAGCAGCAUGAUGACGAGGACUACGUCAGGCCGCAUGAGUAUGAACAUAUGAAGAGCACUCUCUUAAAGGAAAUCGGUCAAAAGGAGGAUGUCAUCACCGAGAUUAGCGAUAAGCUGCAUGAUUUGCGCGCCGAAAAGUCCGGGCUGUCCGAGAGGCUGAAUGCGACGGGAGAAAGAUUGCUGGAGUAUGCGGACCGCAUCCGAGUGCUAGAAAGCCGUGUAGACGACUUGACCCGUAUGCUAUCGUCCAGGGACGAAAGGAUCUCGUCCCUGGAGCUCGAUAAACAGGAAUUGGAUCAGUGUCUUCAGGAAGCGCGCGAGGAGUUGCACAACCGACGCGAGGUCUUAAACUCCUCCUCCGAUUUGCUUAACUGUUCUCUGUCCCCGAAUACCACACCCGAGAAUCUGGCCAGUUCUGUGAUUGACAAGCAGUUACGCGAGAAGGAGCAUGAGAAUGCCGAGCUAAAGGAGGAGCUGCAGAAACGAAACAAUUCCCAGCUGGAGCUAUGCCAGGCCCUGUCAAGUUUCCUGCAGAAGCACAACAUCGAUCACGAGUCUCCGGUAGAAUGGACGUCGUCGUCCCUAUUGUCCAGCAUUGCUGCCAUCGAGAGUAACUUUGCUGAAACGGUGAACAAGAGUGCGCAAAUGAAGGAGGACUGCUACGUUCACGCUGCGCACAUCGAAAAACUACUAGGGAAAUGCGUGUUGUUAUCUGGGACCGUGGAGAGCCAGGAAAAGGAGCUAGAGGAGGCCAAGGCCGCAAUGGUGGAGCUAAUGGACUCGGCUUUGGAAUCGAGCCGUGAAUAUAGCUCUAUGCAGAGGUCUUUUGAUAUGAAGAUAGCCGAUGUAACAUCGAAAAGCAAAGAACAGCAGUUAGACAACGAACGACUUAAUGAAAAAUGUGCUGAGCUUAAUUCGAUGGUUGCCAUCGGGGAUGAACACCUGGCCAAUAUCAAUCUGCAACUAAGAGAGAAAGAAGAGCAGAUGAAAGUUGUGGGCGCUGAAAUCCGGGAUCUGCGUGCAAAGAAUUUAUUACUUGAAAAUAUGCUCAGCGACAUCGCAGAUAAAGGAACUAGUGAGGCAAUCCAUACGCAGAAUUUGCAGCACAACAAUAAGUUUGUGAGAUCGAAGUAUGAUGUGUGCCGAAGAGAACUAAUUGCCCAGAACUCGUUCCAAGAUGAGUUGGCCAGGAUGUUGAAUGUGCCAGACUGGGAGACCAUGAAUUGUCGCAUAGCCCAGUUGAUCGAGAUGCAGGCGGAACAUGAUGAACUCAACUUAGUGUAUGCACGGAAGGAGAAGCAAUUGGAAGAGCUGAGUGCUCAACACGACAAGCUCAUGCAGACCCAUCUGGAGCUUGGUAAGAAAAAGGAGAUCGAACUAAAAGAGAAGAAGGCACAGCUAGAGGAAUUUGAGGAGCAUAACAAGAAUCUUGAUCGUUUCCUGGUCCGCAUCCGUACUCUCUUGGGAGGUAGCAAACGUCGGAGAUCUUCGCUUAACAGCUCAGCGACCUCCGUGGAAUCGGUGCAAAUUGAAAAGCGAUUUGAGGAGAUUGCAACGUUAAUUGAGCGGCAAUUGCAAUCUGCUGAUGCUCUUAAGGAGGAGAUAAGCGAGCUUCAAGCGAAAAACGAUGAGGUCGUUUUGAAUUACAUCAACGGAGUAAAAAAGCGCGAGAGAAUCAUCAAUUCUCUGGAGGACAAGUCCGAAAAACUGAGGAGCACCCUAACAGCGCUAGAGAAAGAAAUCUGCAGCAACAACAAAAAGAUAGCCGAGCUGGAAGAGACUUUAAGCAAGGAGCGCAGCAAUGCGGAAGAAGUGGCACAGAGGUUAGACACAGCGCAGCAGGAAAUAGAAGGCUACCAUGUGGAAGCCACUAGGUUUAUGACCACCAUUAGCGAACGCCUUCAACAAGAUUUCGAUGGCACUAAUAACACCCCCCAACAGCUGGGCACAUGUAUGUCCAAGUUUUUGGAAAUGUAUGACCAGAUGGAGGCGCGGUACCAGGAGUCCUCGUCGUCGGUAGAACAGCUCACUCAAUCUAAGGCACAACUGGAGCAGCAAGUGGAUGAACUGCAAAAGGAGGUUGCUAGUCAGCAGGCUAUUAACAAGGAGUCCUCGUCGUCGGUAGAACAGCUCACCCAAUCGAAGGCACAACUGGAGCAGCAAGUGGCUGCGCUACAGAAAGAGGUUGCUAGUCAGGAGGUUACUAACCUGCGUUCAGGUCCCUUGAUCAAACAGCUAAACGACACCAUCCAAAACCUAGAGAGAGUCAACGCAAAGCUAAGCGAGGACAACUCUGCAUCGCAUACUGCGCGUUUGGAUAUGAGUGAUUCUCUGUUACGAACGCACAAUGAGCUAGAACGUCGCAUAAACAGAGUCGUCCAUCUGGAGGCCACGGAAAGGCGCAUGACCACCGAGUUGUCCGACUGCAAAAGAGAGAUGAAUGAACUGAAAAAGGAACUUAAGUCUUCUGAAGAGAAAUUUGCCCAGAUGAAGCAAAUGUAUGAAGCACAGUUAGAGGCUCUUGAAGUUAUAUGUGACAAGGAGACCGAGGAAAAAGAGGAUUUGCAAAUAAAUCUGAGGGAAACUGAAGAUGUGUAUUUGAAAUCGGAAGAAAAGUACAAAAAACUAGUAAAGACUACUGAAGAUGCGCACGAAAAGGAACUUAAGUCUUCUGAAGAGAAAUUUGCCCAGAUGAAGGAAAUGUAUGAAGCACAGUUAGAGGCUCUGGAAGUUAUAUGUGACAAAGAGACCGAGGAAAAAGAGGAUUUGCAAAUAAGUCUGAGGGAAACUGAAGAUGUGUAUUUGAAAUCGGAAGAAAAGUACAAAAAACUAGUAAUGACUUCUGAAGAUGCGCACGAAAAGCUUUGCAAAGAGCACGAGAAGCGCUGCGGAGAUCUUCAAAAGCUUUGCGAUGAACUGGAAGAGCAAUUGGCUCAAAAGGAACUUACAGACAGCUCUGAACUGCUUAUUACCCAGGCUGAGCUUCAGAAGGAAAAGGAACUGACGGCUGACCUCAAGGAGCAGCUUGACAAAAAUGCAGAGGAAAUUAAGAGUCUGCAGGAGUCCCAGCUGCAGGAGCAAGAACUCGUGGAUCAGCUUAAAGCAGACUUUGACAUGAAACAGAUGGAGCUAAGCAAAGUGAGGAACGAACUCGAAAGCUGUUUACUUAUCUCGACCGAACUAGAAGAAGCGCAAGUCAAGGCCAAGGAGGAACUGCUAUGUCUGCAGAUAAAGCUAGAGGAAGAACGCAACCUUGUAGGUAGCCUGAAAGUGGAGCUGGAGAAGAAGCAGGCAGAUCUGGAUGGGCUUAAGACGGCCCUUGAGACUCAGACCAAAAUUUCAGAUACUAGGGAGGGUCAAGAGAAAGCUGCACUGCGAGAGGUCUUCCUGGCUAAGGAGCGCUUAGUGAAGGCAGAGCGUGAGUUCGAAGUGAAUCUGGCCACGCUUGAAGACCAGAUCGAAACAUUGGAGGAGCGCCACAUCCAGACGGAAGCUGAGCGCGCAAAUGCCUACGAACGGAUCAAUAUGUUGGAAGCGCGUUGUCUAGAAAAGGAUGACACAAUCCGUACACUGCAAGGGCAAAUCGUAAGGGUCGAGCACUUGCAGCAUCAGCUACAAUCGGAGAUGGGUAGCCACAACUCGGUGGUGGAACAACUUAACCGAGAGUUGGCAGAGAAAGCUAGUGAGCUUUUGGAUGUGCAGAAUCGCCUGGAGAUAGAAAUAGCGGAGCGUAACCAGGCCAAUGAACAACUAGCCCACAUCUCCAAUAGACCUGAGGUAAUCGAACUGCAGCAUCGUUUGGAAGCGGAGACUGCCGAGCGUAUAGAGGCCGAGAAAAAGCUGGCUGAGGUCACCGACCGGUUAGACGAAGUUGUCCAGGAGUUGGACGGCACUCGGCUCGAGCAUGGCGCCCAGAAACUCAAGCUGGAGGAGAGGGCUCGUGAAGCUGAGCAAAACCAUGACGAGUUGACGGAACGCCUCGGAUACUAUAAGGAGCGCCUGGAUUCUCUUGAACGGCAUCUUGCCGCCUGCAACGAAGAGUUGGCCGAUCUUCAGUCCGGCCGGGCUAAACUGACGGAGGCUACGCCAGAUCUUGGCGCCACAUAUAGCACGGCUGAUGAACAGCAUCUCGAGUCGGAUCAGAAGGCGCGGAACAACAAGCUGGUGCUAGACUGCCAGAUACUGCAGGCGAAGUAUCGCGAUGCCAAGGAUGAGAUUCAGCGCGGCGAGCAGAAGAUAAAGGACCAGCGUCUGGAGAUGGAGGGCAAGCUGGACAAGAUGAAAAACAAGAUGCGCUCCUUGUACACGGCCGAGGUGACGCGCAUGAAGGAGAAGCAGGAACGGGACGCGUCCAAGAGCGCGGCGGAGCUGGAGGCACUCACCGCCCAGAAUGCCAAAUACGAAGAGCACACACGCAAGCUGUCCAACCAGAUCGUGCGGUUGAACGAGAAGAUCCUGGAGCAGCAGAAGCAGCAUGCUAUCACUAGCACCAAGCUGCGCCACCUGCAAAUGCAACCCAUUAGCGAAACGAAACCAUCCGCCGCCACACCGCUCACCGUUUCGUCCAGUUCGUCGGCGGCGAACGAUGACUGGCAGCCCUUCAAGCGGCCCAAUGUGCCGUCCUCCAAUCUGGCCAUGGAAGAUGAAGAGGGCGAGGUCUUUAACAACACUUACCUGACGGAUCUAAAGUUGGGCCGUGUUCCGGCAGACAUGACAGCCGAGGAGCUGAUUUAUCGGAAUUCGUUGCAACCGCCGCAUCUGAAGAGUACUUAUGCUGCCCAGUACGAUUUGUGCAGCCAGGACGAAGAUCUCAAAGACGGACCACACAGUCUGGAUGACAGCAUGAGUGCUCUGCUAAGCUCUUCGAGCACCGGAGCGCGCAAGAAAUCCAUGGGCACCCACUAUAAACGCCCAGGACCGCCCACACCGAGCAAGAACGGCGGCCGUUUGUCGUUCGGCAGCUCGGAGCCGCCACGCGAGAUUCUGCGUGAAUUCGGCGAUCAUAACAAUACCUCCAAGACGCCGGCGCGCUUCAAGUUCCUGACGCAGCGAUUCAGCGUUGGCAGCAGCGGUUUGCCCCGGGACGAGCUGCCGCGGCGCAAGCGGCCGAAUCUCCUGACCGGUAUACACCGCCGUAAGCUGCGCCAGGCGGUGGACUUCUUUUGUACAUCAACGCCACGCAAAAGCCGCUCCUACUACGAUCAGCAGCGUCUGAUUCGCGCCAGCGAUGCGGACAAAUCAAAGGCUGAUGAAACCGAAGAGGAAGUGCUUCAAGUGGAUGCAGAAGGUGUACCCGAGUUAGAACCUCACGAAGACGCCGACCAACAGGGCACUCCGCACCUGUCCACUGCCGCAUUGCUGGCCCUGACCAAGGGCAACACCCGUCGUCUUACUGGCCCAGCUAAACCGAAAAAGGGACGCGUUUCACUGUCCCUUCAUGGCAACAUUUUUGCCAAGAGCCGGCCAGCGGCGUUCGUGGCCGGGAAGAGGGUGCAGCUGCGCCGGAAGUUGCGUCGUGAGCGGAUGGGCCGCUUCGAUGAGGCGCGUCACCUGGACCAGGUGCGGCUAUCAUACUCUGCCCAGACGCCCACGUCGGCCGAGAAUAACAAUUACAGUCUGCACAAUCGCAAUGAGGAGCAUCUGCCCAGCCAGAUCCUGAUGGGCAAGACGAUGGUGCUAGAGGGCAAGAGGCGACUGAGUCCGGUCGUGUCCACCACAUUCAACGUGGCGGAGCACAGCAGGACUUCGCAGCUGCAGCAACAGUUUGAGCACGAAAACUGUGCCACCUGGGCGGUGCUAGAUGGCGAGAGUGUGCUGGAGGAGACCCAGGACGACUGGCAUUUCGAGCAGCUGUGCAGGGAGACGGAAUCCACGGCACCCUUUCAACUGCAGCCGCUGGACUACAAGCCCAUCGAAGAGCCAGUUGAACCCAAAUUCCCCCAACUGGUGGCCUCUUGCAGCAAUAUCACCGCGAAUAGCUGCGCCACCAACAUGACCAGCGCCUCAUCUUGUACGCUCUAUUCGAUGGGCAGUGUGCACAUGCAGCCGCUGCCCUCGGUCAACAUCACCUAUGUCCAGUCGCGACCGGACACGCAACUGCGCAGGCCGACGCGCCACCGCUCGCUGAUGACUCAUUGCCGGCAGUUCCUGCGCCAUCUGAGUCUCGGCGAGCGAUUGAUCGUGGGCUUCGCAUUGCUGGUCAUGGUGGGGCUUGCCUCGCAACUGGCGGACAAACUGGUGCUGGCGAUCACUGGCGUCUUGGCGGGAAUGGGGCUCGUCCUCCUCACCUAUUCGUGCAACGGCCUCAAUCAGAAGCGCAAGCCAAAGCAAUGGGAAUCGCACAAAUCUUACUACUGAUCUAUGAUGUACGCGUUCGUUCGUGUGCAACUAUGUAACUAUGUCCACUUGUUCCUUUACAGAACUCGCCGCCCAAGAGACGCCUCAGCAACAUGUUCAAGCGCAAGUAGGCGUGGUCGCAUUCGCAGGCGCAGUCGCAGUCGCAGCAUUAUAUAUAUACACCCCUUUCCUGUACAUCAUUCAGAACCUGAAUUCUUCGCUUAUUAUUUAUGUUGACCUUUUUUUUUGUACAUCAGUAGAUUAGAUCUGGACGUAGAGAGUAAGGUUUAAGUAUGCAUAUGUUGCAUCGAUACGAACUUAUGAAAACAAAUAGAAUUAUAUGUAAAAUAUGUAAUUCACGAAA